GACCGUCCAUCCCAACUCACAGCAUUAGUGCCAGCCACGAUAGUUGGGAAACUCGGGAAGGUCGAUCCAUGGCGUCCCCUCCCUAUAAAUACCAACCCCCCUUCCUCUGCCGUUUCCAUCCAUCCUCUCCUUCAUUUAUAUACACAUAACAUUCGCUCAUUGCCUGUUACAUUUCCCUUUCGGGUAUACUUUUAAUUUACUCUACGUGGUUGAUCGUCAGUUACAAUCAUCCAGAACUCCAUGGCAGAGGAGAAGCACCACCACCACCACUUCCACCACCACAAGGACGAAGACAAACCCGUAGAGACCUCCGCCGUUUACUCGGAGUCCGCUUACGUCGGGGAUGGCGUCACCGGCUACGCCGAAACCACCGAAGUCGCUGCUUCCGACCCCUUCCAUGAUUAUAAGAAGGAAGAGAAGCACCACAAGCACCUCGAGCACCUCGGCGAGCUCGGCGUAGCCGCUGCGGGUGCUUAUGCCCUGCACGAGAAGCACAAGGCAGGGAAAGACCCAGAGCAUGCGCACAAGCACAAGAUAGAGGAAGAGGUGGCUGCGGCGGUGGCGGUGGGGGCCGGGGGGUUUGCGUUCCACGAGCACCACGAGAAGAAAGAGACAAAGAAGGAAGCCGAAGAGGCCCAUGGCAAGAAACACCACCACCUCUUCUGAGUUCUGACUUGUUAAUUGAACUCACUGUUUUAUGGUUUCUAUGUGGUGGAGUCCGGGUCUGUGUCCGCGUCUGUGUGCGGAUACAUGCGUUUGCUAAAUAAUUAGUUUUAUGGGUUUUUUAUUUAAUGAGACGACUGAGAUGUUUAUCGCGUGCUGUGUGAUGCGAUGCAAAUAAAUUAGUAAUAAUUAAUAUUGUUAUAUAAUAUGGUUUAUAGUUUAUUCAAUGUUUAUUAUUGACUUUUUUUAAUAUACUGUUUCG